AUGCCCAUCUCCAAAUCAAAAUCAAAGUCUAACCCCCUCACAUCCCCCGCAACACCAAUAGCCCUCCACCCCAACCACCUUCUCUCCCCACCCGCAGACCUCCUAACCAACACCGCAACAACCCUAACAAUAGCGCCCACCCAAGAAACCAAAAUCUCCUCUCCCACAUUCACAGUCCACCGCAUCCGCGCACACGAAACCCCAGACAGCCCAGACCGCACCGUCCUCCUCUACACCGUGCACGGCAAAUCAUGGCCGAACACAAGUCGGGUGAUCUGCGACAACGAGGACGUGCCGGUUCUCGUACUGCGACGGGCUUGGUUAGCGCGUAAAUGGACUGCCAGACUUCCUGACCAAAAUCAGGAUUUAUUGGUUGCUUCUGUGCCGUGGGCUACCGAUGGACCUAGCUCGAGGGUUGGCGUUGGGGGUGGCGGGUUUAGGCUUGAAGUGCAGUUUGCAAAUGCGCUUGCAGCUACGCCGGGGUCAGGGGUUGUAGGAGGGGUGGGAGGGGGAGGAGUGGGGGGUUGUGCUGUUUCUGGGGUUGGAGGUGAGGAAGGUAGUGGGGGGAGGAGUGCUCGUUGUGAGGGGAAUGCGGGGAUGGUACAGAGAAACGACAAAGUACAUCCACCACCCCCCAAUUCACAUCCUGGGAGUCCAAUAGCAUCAACGCCAAGGCAUACACAACACCCCAACUCUCCUUCCAUUCUCCCCUCUUACGACUCUGUCCGUCGAGAAUCGCCUAAUCCUCUACGAGAUCUGCUCGAUGCACUCGAGCCACCGCAGGAGCCGGCGCCGGCUGCAUUGUUCCCUGCGUCUGCAUCUGCAUUACGAAAUGCCAAUACCGGUCCCAGUUCCAGUUCCAGUCCUGCUGAUGCAGAUGCCAAUGCAGCCCCCGGCUCAAAAGUGGAGUUAAAAAUGGUGCAUCAAGCUGCCUCGGGUACGGGUGUGAUGAUGGAUAACCGGAAGAUCAUGCAGAUCACGCGACACAAUUCGAUGGACUACAGUAAAUCCAAAAUGCAAUUGAGGCCGAGGUGGGAGGUUGAGGUUUCCGAAGGUGUUGAUUUGUUACUGGCAGUGAACAUCGUGUUGAUUAUGGCUGAGUCUGUGUCAUCUCAGAAUAGAUGGAAGUAA